AACUGUUAUUGUAGCGACCUUUUUACGGCUGUACGGCAUGUGGUUAGAUCGGCGAACAAGACAUUUAAACUUUUAAUCCAAUGGUUGUUCUAUCCGAAGUCCAGAACAUGUUUUGGGGUGUGACAUUAGAUGGCGGAAAACACUACACACAAACUGUGGAGCGUUCCUUCCACAUCUCCAUGGCAGCUCUGGAACCGAGUACUGAUGGGAAGCUGUCAAAGCAGCCAGUGUCUGUGAUGAUACAACACGAUAAGGCAGAGUUCAUGCUUUGUACUCUAGAACAGGGAAAAGUCUACCAACAGGCACUAGAUCUGAACUUCACAGAAGGCGAGGAAGUCACAUUCUUCUUAAACGGCACAGGUAUUGUACACCUGACCGGUUACCUGGUGGAAGAUGAGAAUAUGAUGUCUGAUAUGGACGAUAUGGACGAUGCUAACCUCAGCAUGGAGGAUAUGUCAGAUUCAGACUCAGAUACAGCACCAGCACUUGUGGGUCCAGAUGAUGAUGAUAGUGAUGAAACUGACGAGGAUGAAGACAAGAGUCCAGUUGUAACAGUUUCUGCCAAAAAACGGAAACAAGAACAGAAGGAAAAGAAAGGAAAGAAGAAAGCAAAGGUUGUAGUGGUAGAGAAAGAUGAUGACUCUGAAGAUGAUGAUAGCGAUGAUGACGAUGAUGAUGAUGUGCAAUUUGCAUUUGAAGACUUUGAUGAUGAUGAUGACGAUGAUGAUGAUGACGAUGAUGAAGAUGAUGAUGAUGAUGAAUUGAAUGAAGAAAUAGUUAAACAAAUAACAGCUAAAAAAGUGCAGCCAGCAAGCACACCGAAAACGGGAAAGAAAUCUAGUGUAAACACUCCGAAAAGUGAGGUGAAGGCUACACCUCAACAGAAACCGGAACAAGCACAGAAUGGUUCAGAAAACACAGAAAGUAAAAAGAAGAAAAAGAAGAAAAAGAAAGAGGAAAACAAAGGACAGACACCUGGAGGUCCUGGAGGAGAUUCACAAAAAAAGGACAAGACUCCAAAGAAGACUGUUUUAGCUGGUGGAACCAUCAGUGAGGAAGUCAAAGUUGGUCACGGGCCAGAAGCUAGGAAAGGAAAAAUGGUACACGUAUACUACAAAGGGACGCUAGGGAAGUCUGGUAAACAGUUUGACUCGUGCAGUAGUGGUAAACCUUUCAAGUUCCGACUUGGCAAAAAAGAGGUGAUCAGUGGCUGGGACUGUGGUGUGGUCGGCAUGAAAGUAGGAGGGACGAGAAAGCUGACAGUGCCACCACAACAAGGAUAUGGAAACCAGAGAACGGGGCCAAUACCACCAAAUAGUACACUGGUGUUCGAGGUCGAGUUAAAGGCCGUCAGCUGAUUCAACAAAACUCAAUAAAAAUGUACAAAAAAUA